ACCUCUCUCGUUUUUGGAGAGGAAUCUCCUCUUUCUUUUCUCUCUCUCAUACAACACAACAACAACAACCAUUAACGGUUUUGUAACUUGAUUAAGGUUUUCUAGUAAACAUAGUCAGGUUUGUUUGUUUCCUGACUUAUAUUUAUUUUGUUAUACAAUGGUCCGAGCCUUUGGACGCCAAAAUACCAUACAGAAGUCAAGAUCUUUCAAUCUAAAAAGGAUGUUUGAGAUUCCGGGAAGACAGAUUCAGAGUUUGAUAUUUGAGAAUGGACAUGAUUGUGGUGUUGUAGAAGAGAAAAUUAUUGCCAAAAGUUUUGAUGUCAAGCGUGUAGCUAGUCCAUUGGAGCCCCAACACAUAGGCUGGUCGCUUAAUCAUGACAUGGGUCCAGUUUCACGCUUGGAAAUUGGAGUUCCAGCCAAGGUUGGAAGUCCACAUACCAAGCCAAAUUCAGAUAUAGAAAUGAUGAAGGAAAGGUUUGCUAAGCUUCUUCUUGGUGAAGAUAUGUCGGGUGGUGGAAAGGGUGUUUCUUCGGCUUUGGCUUUGUCAAAUGCCAUCACAAACCUUGCUGCAUCUAUAUUUGGUGAAAAAUCGAGGCUAGAGCCUAUGUCUCCAGAGAGGAAAGCAAGGUGGAGAAAAGAAAUUGAAUGGCUUUUAUCUGUAACUGAUCACAUUGUUGAAUUUGUUCCAUCACAGCAAAAAUCCAAAGAUGGAAAAAGUAUGGAGAUAAUGGUAACUCUCCAAAGAAGUGAUCUUCUAAUGAACAUCCCUGCCCUCCGAAAGCUUGAUGCUAUGCUUAUUGACUACCUGGAUAACUUUGGAAACCAAAAUGAGUUCUGGUACGUGUCUAAAGAUGCCGAUGAAUCUGAAAAUGGUAAUGUCCCAAGAAAUGAAGACAAAUGGUGGUUACCAACUGUCAAAGUUCCACCAAAUGGGCUAUCAGAUAUAUCUCGAAAGUGGCUGCUCUUUCAGAAGGAUUCUGUGAACCAAGUACUAAAAGCAGCUAUGGCUAUAAAUGCUCAAGUACUAUCAGAAAUGGAGAUCCCUGAAAGCUACAUUGAAUCCCUACCAAAAAAUGGUAGAGCAAGCCUUGGUGAUUCAAUAUAUAAGAGCAUUACAGUAGAGUAUUUUGAUCCAGAGCAAUUUCUCUCAACCAUGGACUUGUCAACAGAGCAUAAAGUACUUGACCUUAAGAACAGGAUCGAGGCUUCAAUUGUGAUUUGGAAGAGAAAGAUGACCAACAAGGAUGGCAAGUCUUCCUGGGGUUCAGGUGUGAGCUUGGAGAAGAGAGAACUCUUUGAGGAGAGAGCUGAAACCAUCUUGCUCCUACUAAAGCAGCGGUUUCCAGGAAUUCCACAAUCUGCACUAGACAUAUCUAAGAUCCAAUAUAAUAGGGAUAUAGGGCAGGCUAUUUUAGAGAGCUAUUCAAGGAUAAUAGAAAGCUUGGCAUUCAAUGUCAUGUCUAAAAUUGAGGAUGUCCUUUAUGCUGAUUCUCUCACUCAAAACCCGUUAUUAGCAGAAUCCAACAGGAACCGUUCAAGGGAUCCUUCAACGUUGACUGGUGAAGAGGCAGACAAGUGGUGUGCUGCUGAGACACCAAAUUCGAAGACACUCUCGGAUUUCAUGGGUUGGAAUCUCGAUCAGGGAGCUACUGACAUGAAGAAGAAUGACUCAACAGGUUAUAUGGACAGCCCAGUAAGAGAAGAAAAUGAUACCCUCAAGAGCAAGAUAGCAAACAUUGUGACCACAAAGAAAAUAUCCUAUUUAGAAAAGCUUGAGAACCUAAGUGGUCUAAGAAGUCCAACAGCUCGCCAUUAGUGCUAGUAGCAUUAGAAGAAACAAGAUGAAAGAGAAAAGGAGGAAAAGGUAGAGAAAGAUAGUAAGAGGGCUAUAUAUCCUGUCAAUGUAAAUAGUCAGACCCAUGUAGGAUUCUGUUGUGUUUGUAAUUCUUGUAUCGUGCUUCCUUCCUGAUGUAAAUGUGGAAAGGGAAGUCAGCAUUUGAUUAAUGGGUUUGAUGCAUUUGGAAUGUGCUCAGCUUUCUUGACUUGUAGCCCACGUACUCUU